AAAAUGUUUGCGCAUUGCAAAGCCUUCGGAGUUAAAUAAAAAAAAGUUCGGAAUAUGGCCGUCGGAGUUUCCGACGGCCUUUUCCGAUCAAUCUACGAAGGAUGUUUAUCUAGUUGUGAUAUUGUCAUUGAACGUCGACCGUACCACCGUAAUUGUGGUUGUGCCCUUCACGACAAAUCACGCCAAAAUUGUCGCCACAAGUUCUCCAAAAGCACGAACGUGUCUUACCCAAUAAGGAGAAUCUGGAACGAAGGAUGUUUGGCUUUAGAUGCGACCACCAUGGCUUCGCCAUCUUCUUCGCCGUGCAUUACGAGUUUUCACAAGGCUGUAAAGCAACCGUUGGAAUUAUGUAAAGAAGAAGAAGAUGAUGGUUAUGAAGACAAUUACUAUAUGGCUAAGUUGUGGAACUGAAAUAUGGAAAGGGAAUGAAUAAAUUUUUAGACCAAUUUUUUUUUAGAAUUAAAAAAAAAAAAAGAUUAGAGGGUAAUUUUUAUUUUUGAUGGUCUAAUAAAAAAUCUAGAAAAAAAAAUGUUUUUGAUUUAUGCCAUUUUUAUUAAUUGCCCUAAAAAUUUGGUUGGUUGCUAUGUAACUGGGGUUUAAAAAUUUGUUCAUCAAUAAAUCAUUGCAUUUUGCGGAGUUAGAAA